AUGCCCGGGGCGCCGCGGGCGGCGCCGCGCAGCGCGGCGGCCGAGGAGCGCGGCGAGGCAUCCGCCGACGACCGCAGCGAGCGGGGCGAGCUGGCGCUGCUCGGGGACGGCGCGGGGCCUCCGCCCGGCGGCGCGGCGCAGCGGUGCGGCUGCCGAGCCGCGGCCGCGGCCGCGCUGCUGCUGGCGUGCCUCGGCGGCCUCGCGUGCGGGGCGGCCUGGGCGCGCGCGCGGCGGCUGCCGCCCGCUUCAGAGCGGAGGCCGAACUCCCAGAUGUCGCUCCAGACGGCUGGAGUGGCAGUGGAGCAAGACGGGGUCAAGGAUACGGGGCGCGGCAGCGUCGCAGGCGCCGGGCCAUUCGUGUCGGUGGUGUUCUCUUCGGACGCCGCUCCGAAGCAGGAGGAGUCGGCCAUGUGGCACACGGCUGGCAAGAACAUGGGCUGCAAGAACUGGAGGGAGGUCGCGCUGUCGGACUGGGUGCGCUCCAGCGAUCAGUCGACCACGAGCUGCGGCGAGCUCUGCGCACAGACGUCGGGGUGCCAGGCGUUCAGCUUCCAGAAGAAGGAGAGCUGCAACGGCACCGAGCAGGCCGCCCCUGGUGCCUGCUUCCUCUGGAGCGGGCGGUGCCACAUGGAGGCCAACGAGUGCUGGGACAACUACCGGAUGGAGCAGUCCCUGCCCAUGCCCUGGGCCAUGGCCUCGCCAGGGACGGGAUGCGCGAAUCACGACAUGAUCAUGAUGCAGACGAGCGACGAGUGGAACGCGAACGCGUGCGGCAGGAAGUGCGAGCAGCUGGCUGGCUGCAGGGCGUUCACUUUCCGGCCCGACAACUGCGCGGAGCCCGACCCGGAUCGGAAGGGUGCGUGCAGCUUGUUCAGUGGCGUGUGCGAGAGGACACCCAGCAAGUGUAGGGAUUACUAUCUGAUGUCAAGACCUACUCCAACUGGAAAGAACACUGCAUUUUCGGCAAAUUCAGCUUUCGAUCUGGCAGAGAGCGGGAUAGCCAAAGAGGAGGAAGUUUCUGCGACUUUUGUAGUAUCUCCAGAGCAGGCACCACAGGUAGCAUCGGCUGAGGUCUUGAAAUUUGCAGAUAAAGGAUCGAUUGUUUUGCGUGUUAACCACCUGGAGGGCUGGAAUGCUGGCGACAACAUCACCAUCACCGAUGAGAACGGCAUCAUCCACAAGAACAGCAUCGCAUCUAUCAGAUUUGACGCAGGGACCUUGCAGCUCGAGGCACCAUUGGCGUAUCCAGUUCCGCGGAGCGCCAUCGUCACCAGAGGGUCGAUCCCGCUGCCCCGUGGUGAACGCAGCACCAUCCGAAGACCGACCCAAGAGCCUGCUCAAGCACCCACCCAAUCGUCUACUCCAGCGCCUACCCCAGCGCCUACCGCACCUACCCAAUCGUCUACUCCAGCGCCUACCCCAGCGCCUACCGCACCUACCCAAGCACCCACCCAGUCGCCUACCCGAGCGCCCACCCCAGCGCCUACCGUUGCGCCUUCCCCAGCGCCUACCAAAGCACCUGGCCAAGCUGUCGCCUCGGUGACAGAGGAUGCGGCGAUGGGGUCCAACGUCGUGAAAGUUGACGACACCAGCGUUUGGAACCUCGAGGACUUGAUUCAGAUCUCAGUGAACAAGGAUACGCCGCAGAGCCAGACGAUGUUCAACCUGAUUGAAUCAAUCGAUAAACGUACCCACGCUCUCGUGCUUAUGUACACUCUGAGCGGGACGGUUUCGGCUGGAAGCCUCGUCACGUUGGCAGCGGGCACGUCAACGACUCCGGGACGGUACUGA